GCAUUUUCACGCACCCACAAUCACCGAUCCGCAUCCGCCGCGCUGUGUUCGACGCUUUGCUUUAGUGCUUUAGCAGUAAUUUGUAAAAAAUAUUUGUAAAAGAGUUAGAAAAUUUAAAUUUAGCUAUGCAAAUCUAUAAAGUUUUAAUCGGACUUACUUCGCUGCUGGCUAUGGCACAGGCGCUCAGCUUUACAGUGACUUCCAAAAUGUACUUAGAUGUGACACAGCAAACGAAACCCUUGGGACGCAUAGUUCUAGGACUUUUUGGCAAAAUUGCACCGAAAACUGUCGUCAAUUUCCGACACAUUUGUUUACGCGGCAUCAAUGGCACCACCUACGUGGGUUCUAAAUUUCAUCGCGUGAUAAAUCGUUUUCUUAUACAAGGUGGCGAUAUUGUAAAUGGAGAUGGCACCGGUUCGACCAGCAUUUAUGGUGAUUAUUUUGAAGAUGAGGCGUUAAGUGUCGAACACAAUCGGCCGGGCUACUUGGGCAUGGCAAAUCGUGGUCCCGAUACGAAUGGUUGUCAAUUCUAUAUAACCACCAUAUCGGCCAAAUGGUUGGAUGGUAAGCACACCGUGUUUGGAAAAGUACUGGAUGGUAUGGAUACGGUGCAUGCAAUUGAAGAUGUUAAAACGGAUACUGAUGAUUACCCGAUGGAGCCGGUUAUCAUUUCGGACUGUGGGGAAUUACCUACGGAGCCAUACGAGUUCUAUCCUGAUGACUUUAACAUAAUGAGCUGGGUCAAGGCGGCCGGAUUCCCCGUAACGACCUCCUUCAUAGUGUUACUUAUUUUCCAUUACUUUUACAGGCAAUUAAAUAUGUACUGUUGACCGUUUCAAUAAUACAAAAACAAAAAAAAAAUUGUUAUUUGAAUUAUAAAUUAUAAGCAAUAUAUUUAAUAAGCAAUUUUACAUGUGAAAUAUAUACAAAUAAGAUCUCUCGA